AUGUCGCAUAAUUCUUUGUCAUUAAAAUUGUUGGUAAAUCAAAUUGCUGCGAAUGUUUACAUUACACUUCGUGAAAAGAGGGACAAAUAUGCGAUGCAAUGUUUAAAGUUAAAACCAAAACCCUCAACUUGUUUUGUUGAUGAACAACUUUUAGGGUUUCUCAUGAUGAACGAUUACACUUCGCUGGUCAUCACGAAAGCGUUGGAUGUUUAA